CUACCCUAAAUCAAGCAACGUCACGCUUCCAACCUGCACGUGGUACAUCAAGUGAUUUAAAAAGUGUUUUGCAGGAAGCUUGUCUUUUUGAUUAAGUCAAUUGAAUUUUAAAUUCUGUGUUGUGUAGUUCAAUAAGCGUUUGUUGUAUUUAUUUUAUAAGCAUAUAAAUAUUAGAUAGUAAUCUAAUUAUAAUGUUAUUGAAUAAGGUUAUCAACUCAACAUUCCGGCAUACAUGCCGGUUAAACAGUCGACUCUUUUCAAGUAAUGUUACUGAACUAAACCAUCUAGAAAAAACAUUAAAUCAAGUUAGUCUUCUUGGGAGAGUUGGAGGAGAUCCUCAAAAAAGAGGUUCAGAAGAGCAUCCUGUAGUUAUUUUUUCUCUUGCUACACAUACUAAUUAUAAAGUCGAGGGCGGCGAUUAUGUUCAACGUACUGAUUGGCACAGAAUAUGCGUAUUUAAACCUUUUCUUAGAGAUACCGUUUACACUAAUUUAAAAAAAGGCCAACGAGUGUUAGUCAAUGGACGAUUAAGUUAUGGUGAAAUAAAGGAUGAUAAUGGGAAUCAAAAGACCACUACAGCAAUCAUAGCUAAUGAUGUAAUAUUUUUCCCAUUCCAAAAAAGUUAAAUUGUAUAUAAAUAUGCUAGAGGUUUUUGAUAUAAAUAUUUGAAGUAUAUUUUUUGC